AUGACGGGAGAGGAUCUUGGAACAGAGUACUUAGUGAGGCCAGUUGGUCAAGCUGAAGAUGAAGAGGAUGCGAGUGAUUUUGAGCCAGAGGAGAAUGGUGUGGAAGAAGACAUUGAUGAAGGAGAUGACGAUGAAGGAGAUAACACGGGUGCUGGCAAAUCGGAGGCUCCUCCGAAAAGAAAGAGAGGAGGAGCAGAGGAAGAGGAGGAUAGUGAUGAUGAAGAUGAUGAUAGACCUCCAAAGAGGUAGUUUCUAAAAAAGAACUGACAACAACAACAACACGGUUCAAACAAAACAAAAAGAUGCAGAAGAGCUUUAUGUUUUUUUUUAAAUUUGGAGUCGUGAGAUUUGUUUGAAUCAUUGGUUGGGGUUCAUGUAAGUUUAUUAUGGAGCAAAGUAUUAGUUUAAGUUUUAAUUAGGGGGCUUUUUUUUCUUUUCUUCGUUCUUUUCAUUUAUGCAAUGUUGUUUUCUUUUUCUAGUGAGUCCAAUAACCAAUGUCUCUCGAACGAUUUGCUGUCUAAUGCUUUUUCUUUGUUAGAGUUCUUUUUUCGUUUUCUGUAAUUUUUGUUGUGUUUUAAAAAAAUUAGUUUUAGACUUUGUCUUGUUCUCUUUUUCGAGUUUUGGCGGAGACAUUGUUGUUUCUUGGAGUAUCACAUAUGAGAAUUCAAUUGGCGAUAAGUCGAACUGAUU